CGCGCACCACGUGGGCCGGUGACUCUGUCCUUCCAGCCGCGGCCGCUCAGCGCAGGGCACUUGGGUUAGUGGCGCGGCGGGCGGCGCGGACAGCCGAGCCGGACGCCCGCUCCCGCCGCCAUGGUCAUCAAGACGGACGAGUUACCGGCGGCCGCCCCGGCCGACAGCGCCCGGGAACCCAGCUCGCAGACUGGUGGCAAAGGGCGGCCGGGCGCGACGGAGCUGCCGUCAGUCAUGCUGUUGAAUGGGGACUGCCCAGACAAUCUGAAGAAGGAAGAGGGAACAGCUGAGCCACUCCAGGAAAAUGGGCUGGAUGAGGCCGAGCCAGGAGAGGAGACCACCGGACAGGAAGUCAUUGUCAUUCAGGACACAGGCUUUUCUGUGAAAAUCCUGGCCCCUGGGAUUGAGCCCUUCUCUCUGCAGGUGUCUCCCCAAGAGAUGGUGCAGGAGAUCCACCAGGUGCUCAUGGACCGUGAAGACACAUGUCACCGUACUUGCUUCUCGCUGUACCUGGAUGGUAACAUGCUUGACCACUUCUCAGAGCUUCGAAGUGUCGAGGGACUACAGGAGGGCUCGGUGCUACGUGUGGUGGAAGAGGCCUAUACCGUGAGAGAGGCCCGUAUCCAUGUGCGCCAUGUCCGAGAUCUGCUCAAGAGCCUGGACCCAUCCGAUGCCUUCAAUGGAGUUGACUGCAACUCGUUGUCCUUCCUGAGCAUCUUUACAGAUGGAGACCUGGGAGACAGCGGGAAGCGGAAGAAGGGUUUGGACAUGGACCCCAUUGACUGUACACCACCGGAGUACAUCCUUCCAGGGAGCCGGGAGCGACCACUGUGCCCCUUGCAACCCCAGAACCGUGAUUGGAAGCCCCUGCAGUGCCUGAAAGUGCUCACCAUGAGUGGUUGGAACCCACCCCCUGGGAACCGCAAGAUGCACGGGGACCUCAUGUACCUGUUUGUGAUCACAGCUGAGGACCGACAAGUUAGCAUCACAGCAUCCACACGGGGUUUUUACCUGAACCAGUCCACAGCAUAUCACUUCAACCCCAAACCUGCCAGCCCCCGCUUCCUCAGCCAUUCCCUGGUGGAGCUGCUCAACCAGAUCAGCCCGACCUUCAAAAAAAACUUUGCUGUGCUGCAGAAGAAAAGGGUCCAGCGCCACCCAUUUGAGAGGAUCGCCACUCCGUUCCAGGUGUACAGCUGGACGGCCCCCCAGGCAGAGCACGCCAUGGACUGUGUGCGCGCAGAAGACGCCUACACCUCCAGGCUGGGCUAUGAGGAGCACAUUCCUGGACAGACCCGAGACUGGAACGAAGAGCUGCAGACGACACGGGAACUGCCCCGAAAGAACCUGCCUGAGCGACUUCUGCGAGAGAGAGCCAUAUUCAAGGUGCAUAGUGACUUCACUGCAGCAGCCACACGAGGUGCUAUGGCUGUUAUUGAUGGCAACGUGAUGGCCAUCAACCCCAGUGAAGAGACCAAGAUGCAGAUGUUCAUCUGGAACAACAUCUUCUUCAGCCUGGGCUUUGAUGUCCGCGACCACUAUAAGGACUUUGGUGGGGAUGUGGCUGCCUACGUGGCACCCACCAACGACCUGAAUGGUGUGCGCACAUACAACGCGGUGGACGUGGAGGGGCUGUAUACACUGGGCACGGUGGUGGUAGAUUAUCGAGGUUACCGAGUCACCGCCCAGUCCAUCAUCCCCGGCAUCCUAGAACGGGACCAGGAGCAGAGUGUCAUCUACGGCUCCAUUGACUUUGGCAAGACAGUGGUGACACACCCGCGCUACCUGGAGCUGUUAGAGCGCACCAGCCGGCCCCUCAAGAUCCUGCGGCACCGGGUGCUCAAUGACCGAGAUGAGGAGGUGGAGCUCUGCUCCUCAGUGGAGUGCAAGGGGAUCAUCGGCAACGAUGGGCGCCACUACAUCCUGGACCUGCUACGCACCUUCCCCCCUGACCUCAACUUCCUGCCUGUGCCUGGCGAGACGCUGCCGGAGGAGUGCAGCCGCGCAGGCUUCCCCCGUGCCCACCGACACAAGCUUUGCUGCCUGCGCCAGGAGCUGGUGGAUGCCUUCGUGGAGCACAGGUACCUCCUCUUCAUGAAGCUGGCUGCCCUGCAGCUGAUGCAGCAGAAAGCCAGUAAGAUGGAGAGCCCCACCUCACUGGAAAAUGGUGAAUCCCCCUCUUCGGAGCCCAAGCCUGAGGAUCCUCCAGGACCCGAGAUGGGAAAUGAGGAAGAGGGCAGCAGUGCUAGCGGCCUGGCCAAGGUGAAGGAGUUGGCGGAGACCAUCGCUUCAGACGAUGGGACAGCAGACCCCCGGAGCAGGGAGGUGAUCCGCAACGCAUGCAAGGCAGUUGGCUCCAUCAGUAGCACAGCCUUUGAUGUGCGCUUCAAUCCUGACAUCUUCUCACCAGGGGUUCGCUUUCCCGAGUCCUGCCAGGAGGAAGUUCGGGACCAGAAGCAGCUGCUAAAAGAUGCCGCUGCUUUCCUGCUCUCCUGCCAGAUCCCUGGCUUGGUGAAGGACUGCACAGACCACGCAGUGCUGCCCAUGGACGGGGCUACAUUGGCUGAGGUGAUGCGCCAGCGAGGCAUCAACAUGCGCUACCUGGGCAAGGUGUUAGACCUGGUGCUCCGGAGCCCGGCACGAGACCAGCUGGACCACAUCUUUAAAAUUGGCGUUGGAGAGCUCAUUACCCGCUCUGCCAAGCACAUCUUCAAGACCUACUUGCAGGGAGUGGAGCUCUCAGGCCUCUCGGCUGCCAUCAGCCACUUCUUAAACUGCUUCCUGAGUUCCUACCCCAACCCUGUGGCCCACCUGCCUGCCGAUGAGCUGGUCUCUAAGAAGAGGAACAGGAGGAGGAGAAACCGGCCCCUGGGGGCAGCAGAUAACACAGCCUGGGCUGUCAUGACCCCCCAGGAGUUGUGGAAGAACAUCUGCUUGGAGGCCAAGAACUACUUUGACUUCAACCUCAAGUGCGAGAGUGUGGACCAGGCCGUGGAGACCUAUGGUCUGCAGAAGAUCACGCUGCUGCGGGAGAUCUCCUUGAAAACUGGCAUCCAGAUUCUGCUGAAGGAGUACAGCUUCGACAGUCGCCACAAGCCUGCAUUCACUGAGGAGGAUGUACUGAACAUCUUCCCCGUGGUGAAACAUGUCAACCCCAAGGCCUCAGACGCUUUCCACUUCUUCCAGAGCGGGCAAGCCAAAGUCCAGCAGGGCUUCCUGAAGGAGGGCUGUGAGCUCAUCAGUGAGGCCCUGAACCUGUUUAACAACGUGUACGGAGCCAUGCACGUGGAGAUCUGUGCCUGCUUGCGCCUCCUUGCCCGUCUCCACUACAUUAUGGGUGACUAUGCUGAGGCCCUGAGUAAUCAGCAGAAGGCAGUGCUAAUGAGUGAGCGUGUGAUGGGCAUCGAGCACCCCAACACCAUCCAGGAAUAUAUGCACCUGGCCCUAUACUGCUUUGCCAGCAGCCAGCUGUCCACAGCCCUGAGCCUGCUAUACCGCGCCCGCUACCUCACACUGCUGGUGUUCGGGGAAGACCACCCUGAAAUGGCACUACUGGACAACAACAUCGGGCUGGUGCUGCACGGAGUGAUGGAGUAUGACUUGUCGCUGCGCUUCCUGGAGAACGCUCUGGCCGUCAGCACCAAAUACCACGGGCCCAAGUCCCUCAAGGUGGCCCUCAGCCACCAUCUUGUUGCCCGGGUAUAUGAGAGCAAAGCUGAGUUCCGGUCAGCCCUGCAGCAUGAGAAGGAAGGCUACACGAUCUAUAAGACCCAGCUGGGCGAGGACCAUGAGAAGACCAAGGAGAGCUCUGAGUACCUCAAGUGCCUGACCCAGCAGGCCGUGGCCCUGCAGCGCACCAUGAAUGAGAUCUACCGAAGUGGCUCCAGUGCCAACAUCCCACCCCUCAAGUUCACAGCCCCCAGCAUGACCAGUGUGUUGGAGCAGCUCAACGUCAUCAAUGGUAUCCUCUUCAUUCCUCUCAGCCAAAAAGACUUGGAGAACCUGAAAGCUGAAGUGGCACGGCGGCACCAGCUCCAGGAGGCGAGUAAAAACAAGGAUAAGGCUGAGGAACCCAUGGUCACUGAGGCAGAGCCAACCAGAGCCCCAGAGGAUGCAAACUCCCAAGCCAGCGCUGCCAAGGACCCUUCUUCCCCAGUCUUGCAGGGAUAGAAAGGGGAAGACAGACGGACAGUCAGUCAGCUGCCCUGUUACCCAAUGAUCCAAACUCCAGGAGAAGGAGGCAUGUCCUGCAAAACGGGAGAGGAAACAAGUCCCCUUCUACCACGUUUCCAACCCCACCCCCACCCCCACCAUCCUCCUGGGACCCCAGCGUGGCCCACCAGACCCCCAAAAUGUUUUUGCACUGUUCAAUGAAUAUACGAUGCAGAGGCCUAACUGAAGACAUGUGAAUGAUAUGAUGGAGCAGAGCGUGUGGGCAUCAGUUUCCAGUUGGGGGGCAGGUGCCCCCAGUGGCCCCCCACCCUCAAGCAGGUGUGAGCGAAUGUGUCCAUGCCCGUUAGUGUCUUGAUCCGUCCUCCCUAACUUGUACAUAACCCAGGUCAGGUCUAUGAGUGGAUGACACAGAUUGAGAUUUCUCAGGUCAUUUGUAUAUUUGACAUUAUGACUGCUGCUUUUGCUGUCACUACCCCUCUACCCAACCCGGCUUAAAGUCUAGGUUUUAAGCUGAGAAGAGGGGAGCUUUCCUGUGUCCUGGUGUGGGGAGCCAGAAUUCUGUGGUAGGACUGGAGGUCGGGGUGCACUUUAGCUUUGUGAGGCGAUGGGAGAGCUGCAACAGCCUUACUGGUGGUGACUGGGCCUGGCUGCAGCCUGCAUGAUGAGGGAGAGGGAGCGGGAGCCGCGUGCCCAGCUUUGGCCUACCUGCCAUUAAGCUCCACUCUAACCCAGCUAGGGAUAAUCCCGGGGCUACAGGCUGAAUGUAUUCUCCCCAUUUUACCUGCACAGCGGGCUGGGGGAGGGACUCGGGGAUCAGAGCUGAAUCAUGGAUCCUGGCAGGAAGUUAUCAGAUCAUAGGAGCGAUUGUCACUUGUCUGUAGAGCCCAGCUUCCUACCUGCUCCUUGCCAGACUAGCACCUUCAAAGAGUAACUCUGGGGUGGCAGGGCAGGAGGGGCUCUGUGGCAGGUGGUGGGCCCAUACGACCCCCGCCUACUUCCUCUCCUGCCUGCCUGUGCUACUUCUCUGCCUGUGGGGAGCCCCUGGGUGUGAGGAGAGAGCACUCUGGUGAGCAAAAGGCCCUGGAUGGGGCCUCUGCUUGGGAGCUAUGCAGGAGCUGCUUCUGGGUAUUGUCUGUCCAAACACCUUGUUUCAAAGGGAGUGGGCGUGAGCUAGCAAACAAUCAUCCCCACAUCUGAUCAAGAAGUUUUUCUUGUUUUUAAACCAUCACGUCUUCAUUUCACAUUGGAAUAAAGUGAGUUUUUGAAACCUGC